UAGUUUAUUCACGGAUAAACCAAGCCAUGACAAAACAUUAAUCAGAAUGUUGACAAAAGUGGCGUAUUAAAAAAAUAAAAAUAAAAAAUAACUCACUAAAACAAAGCAAGAGGCAACUCAAAAUGUUUUUUCUUUUUACACUUUAUUAUCGUUUCUUUUUUUCACUUUAGUCUGCGGCAUUUAAUGAAGCGCCAUCUUUAUUUUUGAGCAAGGCUGCCAUCUGGUGGCGGUAAAGAGUUUUAUUUUCUCAAGCUCUCGCUCUGUUUGACUCCAGCGGUUUGCCGUAGGGAAGAACACGCGUUGCCUUAGCAACCGCUACAGGUUUAAUCCAGUCCCUCAUGAAAACAGGAUAAAACCUAGCUUUAAACGACUCUUUUCACAGAAUAUUUCCUAUAAAGAGGUCAAUAAGCGAAGCUGCCAUGGCUACCAGUAACCCGUCGGUGUUCCUUCUGACUGUAAACGGACAAAUUGAGGGAGCGGACUUUCCAGAGUAUGACAACCUUUACUGCAAAUACUGCUACGUUUAUGGCCACGACUGGGCUAUUACGACGGGUUUAGAGGAGGGCAUCACCCAGAUCACCUGUAAAAGCAGUUUGUCACAGACUUUAGUCUGGAACUUUCCUCUGGAAACAUCAUUUAAGAGCACUAAUCCAUCUGGAUGGCCUCAGCUUGUGGUCAGCGUGUACGGACCUGAUGUGUUUGGAAACGAUGUGGUGAGGGGCUAUGGAGCGACCCAUGUCCCCAUCACACCCGGACAACACACCAGAACCAUCCCCAUGUUUGUUCCCGAGCCCACGUGGAAACUGCAGAAGUUGACGGGAUGGUUGCUAGGGCGACGGCCGGAGUACACAGACCCUAAAGUGGUGGCACAGGGUGAAGGCAGAGAAGUAACAAGAGUUCGUUCUCAAGGUUUCGUCACCGUUUCCUUCCACAUCACCACUAAAGACAUGAAGAAGAUGGGCUACGACACCGGACCGUGCAACCUCCAGACUGCUGCCAGCGUGGACCAACCCUGCACUUUCUAAAGGAUUUUAUACUCAAAUGUAAAUACGUAUAUUUUUGCAGAAGUUUGUUUAUAAUAAAUGCUAAGUGCUGCCUUUGGUUGAAAGAGAAGCAGACAGCAGAGUUGCAGUGAAACCUUUUAUUUUGAAGCGACGCGGCGACACCCGCCCUCCUCCAUCCGCCUGCUGCGCCUGUUUGUUUAGAUGCCGUUAAAAUACCACGACGACUUUUCCUACAAAAUAAACCCAGUACACAGAAUAAUAAGGAAUACAGAAAAAACAGUAUGUUACAAUAGUACAAAUGAUAAAUUAUAUCAUACAGUUAUAAUGCCAACAGGUCGGGAGUAUGGAUCCAAUAAAAAUAAUAAAAAAA